AUGACCAACACUCAACAAACACAAAACAUAUCUCCUCCUGAGGCCAACACAAGAGUCAAUUGUUCCGGCCGUGUCCAAACCAAUUCCAACACAGACACCAGCACUACUAGAGCCAAUCUCACCACCAAAACCAGCACUACUAGAGCCAAUCACACCACCAAAACCUCCUUGACUGUCAAUAACAAAAGGACACCUCAAGAUGUUGAUGAUAUUGAAAGUGACAAUGAACGAAAUGAUGUCUUUGACCUGGCUAUCUUGCAUCCUCAAAACACAAAAUUGACUUCUUCUUUCCGUAGACGUACUCGUCAAGUCAAUACCCAGAGGCCAACUCAAGAUGUCGGUGAUACUGAAAGUGACAGUGAUCACAGUGACAUUUUCUUACCACAGCCAGCUGAAUUGGACCAAUCAGAUGACCACAACGACGAUGGGGCAAAAACUUCCAAACAACAUCAACCACCAGUCAAAAAGUGUCCUCAACGCCAGACUCAACUUAAGCAAUCUCAACAUGUCACCUCAUCCACCACCAACCUGACUUCCACCUUUCCAGCAUUGAUUGAUGUGUGCUUGCCUGCUGGUAUCAAUCUUGAACUCCCUAUGCUAUCAAACUACAAGUCACUCGUGAUCAAGUGGCCUACUGCAAGAAUUGCAAAACUUGAGCAAGACCAAAAACAAGCUGGUGCUGACGGCUAUCAACUAUGGAUGAGCUACUCAAAUUUUGUGGAAAAAGAAUAUAGUGAGUCCUACUUUGACUUCAAAAAUGAUGUUUUGCCUCGAGCAAGUCAAGGAGACAGUCCAGCACAGUGUAACAAGAUAGUUGGCGACAAGUGUACCAGCCUGCCAGAUAUUGAACAAUUGGUUUUCAGCCCUUCCAUUGUCUACACUUUAUCUGGCCUUCCUCCACCCAAAAUGUUAAAGCCACUCAAUAUGUCACCUGAUGAGCAUGAUGAGCUACAAACACUUUACGAUGAAACUGUGUCUACUCCAAAAGUUACUAGGGUUUAUGCCUCAAUAUCACAGGGGAUUCCACAAGGUCAAUCACUUGCAGACCACAAUUGA